AUGAACGUAUCCGCUACUCUCAACGUGUUCCGUCUUUUCAUCCAACCACAAUUGUGCUUGCCACAUCUUACUGUGUCAUCGUUCGAUCGAGUUCCACUGCCUCUUCCAAAUAACAAGGUGAAAGCAGUGGUGCUGGAUAAGGACAACUGCUUCGCCAAAGCACAUGAUGAUAAGGUAUGGCCGGCUUAUGAACCGUAUUGGGAGAAGCUAAGAUUACAGUUCCCCGACGCUCAGUUGCUCAUCGUGAGCAACUCAGCUGGGACAAACGAUGACAUUGGCCAUGGACAGGCCAAACUGUUGGAAGAGAGAACAGGCGUGCCGGUGUUACGACACUCUACGAAGAAGCCAGGAUGCCAUGGUGAGAUAAUGGAGUACUUCAUAGGCAAGGGUGUGGUUUCUUCUCCGAAAGAAGUUGCAAUUGUGGGUGAUCGUCUCUUUACGGAUAUGCUUAUGGCCAAUAUGAUGGGAUCGUACGGUGUUUGGGUCAGAGACGGCGUUAUCCGUUCUGAAAGUUUGAUCUGUAAGAUUGAAAGAUUCGUUUACGACCGUCUCAUCUCCUGGAACUUCACGCCGCCAUCGUGA